UAUAAGUGGAAGGUGUAUGCAGACCUCUGCUCAGUACUUCAUAAAAGCAGAAGGUAGUUAACACAUUAGAUCUGAUCAUGUGGAGAGUUCUGCUUAUACUUUUUGCAUUUGUGGUUCCUAUAUGGAAUUUGACAGAAGUACAUAAUGUUGAUGUUGUGGAACGAUCAGAGACCGAGUUAACAUUGCAAUGGUUUUCUAAAUCCAGUAAUCUCUAUAUCCUGAGAGACAGUUAUGGAAGAGAAAACAACAUCUCUGAUCCAUAUCAGGGUCUUGUUAGGCACACAGUUUCAUCUCUCUCUCCUGGAACUAAAUACACUUUCACUCUCUACAGUGUGUUUGAAGACGUAAGGAGCAGUGGAUACAGUUUCUCUGCGGUUACCACUCCAUUGAAUGUUGAUAGAGUAAUUGUAUCACAUCGAGAUGAUACAAGCAUAGCUCUGUUUUGGUUCCAUGUAAAUAAUGACCCAAAAUAUGAUUAUAUUCUACGAUAUGGAGACAUUGAGACUUUCAUCAGUGGAUAUUAUGAGCAACGGCCUUUAUUGAUAUAUACAGUUUCAUCACUCUUCCCUGAAAUGACAUACACCUUCACUCUCUACACUGUGUUUGAAGACGUGAGAAGCAGUGGAUACCAUUUCUCAGCCACAACUCUAUCAAGUGUAUUUGGGCUUUACUGUGUCAUUGCAAUAUCCGUGUUGGGUGCUCUGUUUAUAAUCUUUCUGUCUGUUUGUCUUGGUUUUUUCUGCCAUUUCAUGAAACUUGGCCUCAGAAGAAGUUUUUCAGAAGAACCGAGGAAAGUAAGUAAUGACCAGCCAACGGUGAUCUAUGUGAAUGCAUGCAGUCACAACACACAAGGAAGUAACAAUUCAAGUCUUCAAUCAGAAUGUAAAGAAAUAGAGACAAAUAACUUGGAGAACCAUCAAUAUGAGAUCCCAAUAAUGCCUGUAAACACUGCUGAUAUGAGUUUAAGUCAGUCCUUAGUUUAGGACUUCCAUAGAGGAUAUUUAUGAGAAUAUGAUUGUUUAAAUCAGUGAUUCUCAAGCUUUCCAGGCCAAGUAACACUGUUGAGCAAAUCAAAUCAUCUACAGUAAUUUUUUAUUUUAUUUUAUUUGUAUUGAUUUACAGGGGCAAUGCACAUUAAUGAACAUGACUGUAAAUUUGCCAGAAUUAGCCAAAUGGCUAUUUUUCAUCUGUAGACCCAUGGCAGAAUGUUAAAAAGUCACCCUAAAUAACAAAACAUUGUAUAUUAAUACAAUAACAAAAAAAAAAAGAUCAUAAAACACACACAUUAACUACAUUAUCAAAUACUAAAAAAGUAUCAAAUACUUUUUUUUUUAAACUAACAAGCACAUCAUUGAUAUCAAGCACAAUAAAUUAUAUUAAUUAUGCCUUUUUCCGUGCUAUAAAACAAUCCUAUCAGGGUUAUGUUUAGGGUCUGGGUUACAUUUUUAUACUUUACUGUUAUGGUUAGGGGCAGACUAUUUAUCCCUGGAUGGAGCAUAUGUAUUCAAAUUAAUUGGAGAAAUUGGAUCCCGGGUCAUCAUCGCCUGUUGAAACCAGGAAGUAAUCAUAUCCGCAAAAGCAGUGAUGGGUGAACUGAAUACAAUUUUUGCAAUCCUCUUCAUAGUAGUAAAUUUUUUACGCCUCAAUGUUGUCCACAACUCGUUUCUGGCACACCUCCGUGGACUUUUCGCCCAGAAAAUAUAGCUCACAUGCGCCCAUAUGCCCAACAACAAUAACCGCUUUUGGCCACUGGGGCAGUGUUUUAAAUUUCUGUAAGCACAGACCGAUUUUAGCUGAAGAAAACUCAACUCUUUCCAGUCACUGUGAGAUCAAUCUUUUGCUCAUCUAGCCCAAAAAAGGAGAGAGCAUUUUUUGGCAUGAUCUGGGCUAAGGUCUGAUUUUACUGCAGAUUUGAAAUCAGGUGUGGUGGUAGUGGGCUAAAGCACAUAACUGUAAUAUCACAUAACUGUAAAUCAGAAGGUCGCUGGUUUGAUCCCCACGGCCACCACCAUUGUGUCCUUGAGCAAGACACUUAACUCCAGGUUGCUCUGGGGGGAUUGUCCCUGUAAUAAGAGCACUGUAAGUCGCUUUGGAUAAAAGUGUCUGCCAAAUGCAUAAAUGUAAAUGUAAAUCAACAUGCUCUCAUGGAGAAGUCGAAUGAAUUUGUAUGAUUUGGCAAAUUUUUAUGUAAUCAUACAAAUUGGGUAGGACUAAUUUGUUCGACUUUUACAUCAGCCAAUCAGGUGACUUUCCCUUGUCUCCUUCGAAAACAUGAUAAUUACUUUCUUCCAUUGUACACAACAUACUGUCACUUCAAUUCAUUCCUAGGGACUCUACUCUAUGUUUAGGCUUAGAUAAAGUGUUUGGGCUAAAGUUAGAGGGUAUACCAUUUUUAAGCAUGUUCAAUCAAGUUAAAUUCAUACAUGAAUUAAGUUAAAUUCAUAAAAAACAACUAAUUUUAUACAAUUUAGUGAACUCGUACGAAUACAAACAACUUUUCAUGAGAUUUGAUCAGAAUCUUGACCAACCAUUUGGAGAUUUCGGUCUUUCUCCAUUGAAAUAGAAAGGAGUACUUGAAACCCAGAUGUUUCUCUUUCUUCCAUGAUACAAAACAGAGCUUUAUGAAUUACAAUGGUGGAUACUGAAUGUCUGGGUAAGGUGUAACCCUUUAUUGUUAAGUUGAGGUUUACACAUUUUGUCUAACAUGGAAAACAGGAAACACUGAGGGAAGCAUAUGUGAUUGGUUUGUCAAAUGUAUAAAAUAGUACGAUUUCGCCAUCUCUCAAGCUCUGUGUUGGAAGUUCUUGGUUUAUUGUUUUUAUUCUUUCUUUUGCAGUGUGAUCUGAGGGUCUUGUGAUCUUGUCACCUGCAUUGUAUUUAAAAAUAAAAGCUCAAAGUUCUAUAGUCAACCUAUGAAUUCAAUUAAGGCAAUAUUCGUGGAUUCUAAAGGUUACCUAAACAACAUGUGUAUGUCUCUAAAGUUGUGAACAAGUAAAAUUAGUUUUAGAUGCUGUUAAUACGUUGUACGUUUCGGUGUCUAUGCAAAUGUAUACAAAUGUCUUUACCAAAGAAUACAAAUAAAAAUUUGUGAGACAGCAAAUUCAC